CGAAUAUUUUAUUUCUCUGUGUUAUUCUUGAAAAUGGAGUUCCUUUCUAGUUUUCCGCUAUUAAUAAUAUUUUUCAAUAUAAUAAGCUGUGCUAAAAUUUUAGGUAUAUUUCCUAGUCCUGGAUAUAGCCAGUUUAUUUUAGGGGAAAGACUUAUGGGAGAAUUGGCAAAAAGGGGACAUGAGGUGACUGUAAUAAGUGAAUAUGAGCCAAGUGAGAAAAUUAAAAAUUACGAAACAAUCAAAAUGAACAAAUCUAAUCGAUUUGACGACAAUUUUGAUGUGCUAACGUGGCAAAGAACAAAUUCAUUUAUCUUGAAUUAUAACUUCCUCGAAAUGUGCCUCAUAUAUUCAGAAGCUUUAUUACAACAAAAACAUAUUCAGGAAUUCAUCAAUUCCAAUCGGACAUUCGACUUGAUCAUCGUAGAGCAUUUUUGCAAUGAAGCUCAUAUGGCGUUUUCCGAACAUUUCAAAGCACCUUUAGUUAUUUUUAGUUCGCAGCCUGUGAGCGAGUGGAAUUAUCAUUUUGUUGGUAAUGUUAAAUUACCUUCUAUUAAUCCUCUUUAUGUUACACCAUACGAAAAGAAAAUGAACUUUUUUGGAAGACUACACAACCUCUUACUAAGUAUUUUCGAUUUCGUCUACAAGGAAUUGAAAUAUUAUCCAGACCAACAAGCUUUUGUAGACAAAUAUUUUCCCAAUAAAAUGGAUUUAAAAAAUGUAUUUACAAAUACGGAAAUGAUGCUACUAUUUUCACAUCCUUUAACCACAGGACCAGAUUUAACCACAAGCGCUGUAGUAGAAGUAGGAGGUUUUCAUAUUGUUUCUAAAAAACUUCCCAACGACAUUCAAAAUGUCUUAGACGGUGCUAAAAAUGGAGCCAUACUUGUCAGUUUGGGAACAAAUAUAGAAUGCACCAGUUUAUCCAAGGAACAGCUCAAUAUGUUCUUAAAUGCUUUUCGAAAAUUACCUCAAACAAUUUUGUGGAAGUGCGCACUUGAAAUACCUGACAAACCAGUUAAUUUAAUUUUGUCAAAAUGGUUGCCGCAAUCAGAUAUUCUUGCUCAUCCAAACACAAUCGCAUUUAUGACUCACAACGGUUUAUUGAGUACAACUGAAGCCAUAUAUCAUGGAGUACCUAUGAUUUCGAUACCUAUUUUUGGAGAUCAGCCCAUGAACGCUCUAAGAGUUCAAAAGAGUGGUAUCGCUGAACAAUUGAGUUUCUUAGAUUUUAAUGAAAACGAAUUAUAUGAAACAAUAGUGAAGGUUACCACAUAUCCGAAAUACAAGGAAAAAAUUCAAUUAAUGUCAAAAAUGAUCAAAGACCAGCCGUCUAAACCUUUAGAUCGAGCAAUGCAUACAGUCGAAUAUGUCCUUAAAUACAAGCCAGGACAAUUGUUAAGAAGUCCCUCUUUAAGUUUAUGGUGGUUCCAGUUAUAUUCUUUUGACGUCUUACUAUUUAUUUUUAUCUUCAUUGUUUCAUUCUAUUUAUUUUUGUCACUAGUUUUUAGAAAAUUGAUUUUCAGCUCGAAACUAAAUAAAAG